AUGAAGUUCUUCCAGACGGUGACGGCUUUCCUGCUGCCACUCACAGCUUUGGCAGCAAAGAAGAGUUCAACCGACAAGUUCAGUGACUACCGAUCGCAACAGCUGGCUGCAGCUGCUCCCCUCAAGCUCGACGACAAUGAAUACUCCAGAUUGACGGCCGCUCCCCGCGACUACUCUGUUGCCAUCCUCCUGACUGCCCUCGAGGCCAGAUUCGGAUGCGCCAUCUGUCACGAAUUCCAGCCUGAAUGGGACCUCCUGGGCAAGACUUGGGCCAAGGGAGACAAGAAGCAGGAGUCUAGACUGGUCAUGGGAACCCUCGACUUUGUCAAUGGCCAGAGAACUUUCCAGUCUCUGCAGCUCACUACUGCUCCUGUUCUGCUCUACUUCCCUCCUACCACUGGUCCCGACGCCAAGCCCGACACUCAACCCCUCCAACCCGUCCACGCCUGGCUCGCUCGCCAUGUCGCAGGCCCUACUCCUCCCAUCGUUCGUCCUGUCAACUACGUCAAAAUCGUUACCACUACCGUAGCCAUCCUUGGAACCAUCACCGCUUUCACCGUUGCUGCUCCUUACGUUCUCCCCAUCAUUCAGAGCCGUAACCUUUGGGCCGCCCUCAGCUUGAUCGCCGUCCUCCUCUUCACCAGUGGCCACAUGUUCAACCACAUCCGCAAGGUCCCCUACGUCGCAGGCGACGGCAAGGGCGGCAUCUCCUACUUUGCCGGUGGUUUCCAGAACCAGUUUGACGCUAUUCUUGCUUUCGCAACCAUCUCUCUGGCUCUCAAGGUCCCUCGUAUGACAGACCCUCGCACCCAGGGUAUUGCUACUCUCGCUUGGGGUCUUGUCAUGCUCGCCAUGUACAGCUACCUUCUCAGCACUUUCCGCAUCAAGAACGGUGGCUACCCCUUCUUCCUGCCUCCCCUUCUAGACGGCAUACCCGCACUUUCUACUAUGCUGUGA